AUGACUAUAUAUUUGACAGAUUUGGGAACAAAGGUUAAAUUGGAGGGUGACAUCAACCGUGGUGUGGCUUUUUAUAAGAAAGCUUUGUAUUAUAAUUGGCAUUAUGCUGAUACUAUGUAUAAUCUUGGGGUUGCGUAUGGUGAGAUGCUUAAGUUUGAUAUGGCUAUUGUGUUCUAUGAACUUGCCUUCCACUUCAAUCCUCAUUGUGCGGAAGCUUGUAACAAUCUAGGUGUUAUAUAUAAGGAUCGUGACAACCUUGAUAAAGCAGUGGAAUGUUACCAGCUUGCUUUGGGAAUCAAACCCAACUUUUCAGGAAAAAUGGAUGCUGCGGCAAGUAUGAUUGAGAAAGCUAUCAUUGCAAAUCCAACAUAUGCAGAGGCCUACAAUAACUUAGGUCUUCUUUUAUCUUUAAUUGAUAAUUAG